UCUCAACCUGCCCUGACAGUGUCUGAGCCACCAUGGGAACCCAAGAUGACAGGUAUCCAUUGGGGCUCUGCGUCGCCCUGUGCCUGUGGGGCACCGUGGCCCAGAAUAACAGCACACAAGGUACCACUGAGGACUGCAAGAGCCAUCUGCAGUGCCCAGCAAACGCCAAGUGUGUGAACAACACCAGCUGCACCUGCCUGGAUGGAUACCAGUCACAUGGGAAUCACUUCUUCACCGACCCAAUGGAGACCUGUCACGAUAUUAACGAGUGUCUGGGGCUGCACCUGCUAGACUGCGGACCCCACGCAAACUGCAUGAACGCACCUGGGAGUUACUACUGCACCUGCAAGGAUGGCUACGAGCCCAGCUCUGGGAAAGCCAACUUCAAGAACGCGAGUGAGAACAGCUGCCAGGUCCCCAGCAUUAACUCCAGUGCUGAGUUCGAGGAAAUCAAAAAGACGUGCAAGAAUUUCUCUCUGCAGGGAAAGCUGAGCAGCAGGAGCAGCAGUUUUUGCUCUUUCUUUAAUUCAACGUUAGACAUUUUGAUGUCCACGUGAGGAGACGGGAGUGCGGCGUUAUCACUGGAGAACGUGACUCUCCUUUUCAAUGCCCUCCUGAACAGCACCUCCCUCGGGGACGGCAGAGACAAGUGGGAGGUGGGGUCAGCCGUGACGGUCCUGCUGCGGAGCGUGGAACUGGCCGCACUGGCCACUGCGCUCCAGUCUCUGGAGAGGACAACGCAGAACGUGACGACCGAGUCUCUGGCUAUCCAGACAUGGCUCGUCACAGGGAACUGCAGCCAGCACAGCGAAGUCUUCACCCUGAGAGCUCACGAGGAGGCGAUGGACGUGCACUGUGAUACAGUCACUGGGGCAGCCACACAAGGUUUGGGGGCUGCUGCUUUUAUUUCCUACUCCACCCUGGACUGCAUCAUCGGUGAGAGACGUCUGAGCGAGGGAAAUCUGCCGGUUGGUGGGAAGCUGGAGAAGAGUCACCUCAACUCCAGGGUGGUGAGUGGGGCCGUAGGUGAAUGGGUCUCCCGUCUCCACUCCAGACCCGCAAACUUCACCCUGCGCCACAGACAGGCCAAAAAAGAGGAGGAAGAGGCUCUCUGCGUCUACUGGAAAGUAGUGGCCGAGAGCGGCAGCUGGUCUCCGGACGGCUGCACUGCCGUGCACACGAACAGCACUCACACCACCUGCAGCUGUGACCAUCUCUCCAGCUUCGCCGUCCUAAUGUGUCCCAUCGCAGUGACGGAGAGUUCCCCACUGACCAUCAUCACCUACAUAGGACUGACCCUCUCCCUGCUGUGCCUCUUCCUCUCCAUCCUCACCUUCCUCCUGUGCCGCUCCAUCCGCAACGUCAGCACCUCCCUCCACCUGCAGCUCUGCAUCUACCUCUUCCUGGCAGACCUGCUCUUCCUCACCCAGGUGACCCGCAUCCGCAGUCAGGUGGCGUGUGCUGUCAUUGCUGGCCUCCUACACUACCUCCUCCUGGCCUGCUUCAGCUGGAUGUUCCUGGAGGGGCUGCACCUCUUCCUCACCGUCUGGAACCUGACGGUCGUGAAUUACACCAGCGCCAGCUGGUUCAAGAAGAGAUUCAUGUACCCGUUCGGCUAUGGAUUCCCAGCCCUGGUGGUGGCUAUUUCUGCAGCAGUGAAUCCUGGUGCCUACGGAACUUCCACACACUGCUGGCUCAGCCUGGAGAGAGGCUUUCAUUGGAGCUUCCUGGGUCCAGUCUGUGCCAUAAUCCUGAUAAAUAUAAUGUUCUUUGCCCUGACCCUGUGGAUCCUGAGAAACAGACUCUCCUCCCUCAAUGCAGAUGUGUCCACUGUCAGAGACCACAGGUUACUGACCUUUAAAUCCAUCGCCCAACUCUUCAUUCUGGGCUGCACGUGGAGCCUUGGUCUCCUCCAAGUCGGCCCAGCAGCCACGGUCAUGGCGUAUUUAUUCACCAUUGUCAACAGCCUGCAGGGAGCCUUCAUCUUCCUGGUGCACUGUCUCCUCAAUCGCCAGGUGAGAGAGGAGUACAGGAGAUGGAUCAAGGGAUUCCGAAUGUUCAGCACAAAAUCUCAGACGUCUGAUUUGUCCAUGUCUGCUGUCCCCACCACCAGCACCAAGACGGACUAACCCUUCUGCCAGGCGGAGUCGGCAGCAACCAGGGCCGGGGUCAAUACGUAGGGGGUUCCAGUACAAAACCGAACCAGCUGGAGCCCCUGUGAUGUUGCGCUCCAUAGGCUUUAUGGAAAUAUUCUUAUGAAUAUGAUAUAACUGGAAUGUGCUUUAUGCUAAAUACCCCUUGUAUGGUGUCUUUAGAAAGCUUGUAAUCUACUAAGUGUUUACAUCC